AGGAGGGUGAGAAAGUUUCGAAGCACAGGUCUGAGCGCGCGCACCUGCACCACUGCUCACGCGUCUUAAAUUGGAGACCAGGGUCCAAAGGACAGGAGUGGGCGCGCGCCUCUCCGGUCAGUCUCGUGGCUCGGUGUUUGUCUGUCCUCUUGGCUGACAAUAAACAGAUGAAGGCGGCCGCGGGGCCUGUGCCACCUCGAGGGGAGGAGAGGACGGCGCUGAGGGCAGGUCCAGCAGGGCGCGGUCUCCUUCUUCUCCCGCGGCACCUCAUCUGUGCUGUAGUAGGAUCUCUUCCAUUUCCACUGCUGCCAGCAGCCCUGCGCCACAGGGACGCAUUGAGAACAAACCCGAGAGGCAGAAACCGCUGCGGGGACACCCUUUGACCGCCGCGGCCAACAGGAGCAGCCAGACUCCGCAACGCGCGCCUCCGUGUCUGUCUGAAGGCCUUUUCUCACAGCUCCGACACUGAGGGGCAGCUUUGAACCUGCCUGCCAAGAUAAACUCACCUCGCCUAUUUAUGCCCCUGCCUCCGCGUGCACUCGGGACAGGAGGGUGUCAGCAGCGCAGAGGACAGGUUCACGUCUCUCCAGCUCUUCUCCAGCGGCGCACAGGACACUUUUACGCGCCGGGAAUGGCCACUUUUUGGGACUCUGGAAUGAGUCCUGCGCCUUUACCGCCACUCUAAAAUUGUCAAGGGGGACCCACGCGGGGGACACGUCAAGAAAUAUACAGCGGUGACAUUUUGGCCACCCGCCGCGGGGAUACAUACCGGCCCCUGGGCGGAAUGCUGCUCCAGACGCUGGUGACGUGCCUCGCCGGGUGCGCCUUCAUCCUCUCGCCGGUCAGUGAAGGCUGCGGGCCGGGUAGAGGCUACGGCAAGAGACGAUCACCGAGAAAGCUCGCGCCCCUCGCCUACAAACAGUUCAGCCCCAACGUGGCCGAGAAGACUUUAGGAGCCAGCGGGAGGUACGAAGGGAAAAUAACCCGGAACUCUGAGCGCUUCAAGGAUCUCACCCCCAACUACAACCCCGACAUCAUCUUCAAGGAUGAGGAGAACACAGGUGCAGACCGCAUGAUGACUCAGCGCUGCAAAGACAAGCUGAACUCUCUGGCCAUCUCAGUGAUGAACCUGUGGCCCGGGGUCCGGCUGCGGGUCACAGAGGGCUGGGACGAGGACGGCCAUCACUCCGAGGAGUCGCUGCACUACGAGGGCCGGGCGGUGGACAUCACCACCUCGGACAGAGACAGGAACAAGUACGCCAUGCUGGCCCGCCUGGCGGUGGAGGCCGGGUUUGACUGGGUCUACUACGAGUCCAAAGCCCACAUCCACUGCAGCGUCAAGUCAGAUCAUUCAGUGGCGGCGAAGUCUGGAGGUUGUUUCCCCGGCGAGGCCUCGGUCACAUUGGAGGGCGGCGGUCACAAGUCCAUGAGCGACCUGCGCCCCGGUGAGCGAGUCCUGGUCCUGGCAGGCGGAGGGGGAGAGCUGGCAUUCAGUGAAGUCCUGACCUUCCUGGACCGGGACCCCGGGACCUGGAAGCUCUUCUACACCCUGCAGACAGCAGCCGGCGCCCGCCUCUCACUCACCGCCGCCCACCUGCUGUACGUGACAGAGGGUAACUGCUCAGAGGGGGCGGAGCCAGCCCGAGGAGCACUCAGGACAGUGUAUGCCAGCGACGCCCGGCCGGGACAGUGCGUGCUGUUGUCUGAGGGUGAAGUGGGACAGGGGCGUCUGUCUCAGAUUACCCGGGUCAGCGUGAGGGGGGGCAGGGGGGCUUUUGCACCGCUGACCCAGCAGGGGACACUGGUGGUGGACGGGGUGGUGGCGUCCUGCUACGCCGUGCUGGAUCAGCACCCUCUCGCUCACUGGGCCUUCUCCCCGCUCCGCCUGGUCCACAGCUGGACUGGAUCCAGCGGGAGCCACAAGGACGGGGUCCACUGGUACGCUCGGAUUUUACACUGGCUGGGCGGGAAGCUGCUGGGCUCAGGACGCCUUCACCCGCUGGGCGUUGCUCAGGGCGACAGGUGAGGGCGGGAAACGGGUAACACAGAAGGAAACUCUUAUUUAAACAAAACCUGGACCCUCGUUUUAUACCUGGGUCGACUCCAAACCGCAGCCUGCAGAGCUGCAUGUGCAGGACCACGAUGGACUUCCUGCAGACACUUUAAGGUUCCUGCUGAGGCAUGAUGGGAGUUUUUUUCUGCAGGACAAACAGGGGAGAAGAAGAAGCUGUGAACAGACACGGACGCAUCCUCACAAAACUCAAACACAGACUGAAAAUAUGAGAGCACUCCGAGGCAGAAAGACUC